AUGGUGAUGACGAUGGCUGGCCGUGUGCUGCUGGUGUGUGCCCUCUGCGUGCUGUGGUGCGGUGCGGCCGGUGGAGCUGUUGGUGUUUCUGGUGGGGAGGACAACACUCUGAAAGAAUUAUUUAUUCCAGUUGCGAGAUUGCAGGAAAGAUCAGAACAAAGGGCAGCAGAAGCAACAGCUGACGCAAAGGCAACAGCAGAAAUGGCAGCAAAGGCGGCAGCAGUAGCAGAAGCAGCAGCAGAAGCAGCAGCAAAAGCAAAAAUAGCAAAAGAAGAAGCAAAAUCAGCAACAGCAAAAGCAGAGGAAGCAAAGGCGGCUGCAGAGGCAGUCGCCACAGCAGCAGAAGCACUGCGAGGUACAGCAGUCGGAGAAGAGGAGGUAAAAACAGCAAUACAUGAUCACGAUAAUUCAGUCGAACACCAUUCUGGAGAAAAACAAGAGCUUCUACAAGAAGAACCGGAACGACAAGAAAAAGAACAGCAUGCAAAGCAGCAACACCAACAGCGUGAACAUUCCGCAAGAAAUGGUGAGGAAUCCGCGAAAGACGAAACUGCUAAUAGUACAAAUGCAACCGCAAUUAAGGACGACAAUGACGGCAGCACCGCGGUCUCCCACACCACCUCCCCUCUUUUGCUUCUUCUUCUUGUUGCGUGUGCGGCUGCUGCUGCUGUGGUGGCCGCGUGA